UCCUCCCCAGCCGCGAUGGCGGUCACGCGCCCCGCCGUGGCCGCCGCCCUCUCCGCCGCCCCGCCCUCCCGCGCCCGCCGGGUAUCCUUCCUCUCCUGCCGCCCUCUCCCCGCCGCCUCCUGCUCCCGCGCGGCCAAGCCUCUGCGCGCCGCCGCCGCCCCCGCGCUCGACGAGGAGGCCGCCGCCCCUCCUCCCUCAGAUCCCGGCAGGGGAGUGGAGAACCUGGUGAUCAUCGGUUCCGGCCCCGCGGGCUACACCGCCGCCAUCUACGCCGCUCGGGCGAACCUUAAACCCGUCGUCUUCGAAGGCUACCAGGUGGGCGGCGUGCCCGGAGGCCAGCUCAUGACCACCACCGAGGUCGAGAAUUUCCCUGGCUUCCCCGACGGCAUAACUGGGCCUGAUCUCAUGGACAAGAUGCGGAAGCAAGCAGAGCGCUGGGGCGCCGAGCUUCACCAGGAAGAUGUCGAGUUUGUGGACGUGAAGAGCAGGCCGUUUGUUAUCCGUAGCACUGACCGAGAGGUGAAAUCUCACAGUGUAAUCAUUGCAACUGGAGCUACUGCUAAGCGCCUCCGGUUACCCCGCGAAGAAGAAUUUUGGAGUAGAGGUAUCAGCGCAUGUGCAAUAUGCGAUGGAGCAUCACCACUAUAUAAGGGUCAAGUUCUUGCGGUCGUUGGAGGUGGUGACACGGCUACUGAGGAAGCGAUAUAUUUGACAAAAUAUGCAUGUCAUGUUCAUUUACUUGUUCGAAGGGAGCAACUACGAGCAUCCAAAGCUAUGCAGGACCGAGUACUCAACAACCCCAACAUAACAGUACAUUUCAAUACAGAAGCUGUGGAUGUUGUUGGAAAUUCCAAAGGCCAGAUGUCCGGUAUUCAGUUGCGGAGAAUUGAUACGGGAGAGGAAUCAGUUCUUGAGGUGAAAGGUCUAUUCUAUGGGAUAGGACAUACUCCAAACAGUCAGCUGCUCCAAGGUCAAAUUGAACUUGAUAGUUCUGGAUAUAUUUUGGUUGAAGAAGGCAGUGCAAAAACUUCAGUUGACGGCGUAUUUGCUGCUGGUGAUGUGCAGGACCAUGAAUGGAGGCAAGCCGUUACUGCAGCUGGAUCUGGAUGCAUCGCUGCUUUGUCAGUUGAAAGAUACUUAGUUUCCAGUGAUCUUCUUGUUGAAUUUCACCAGCCUGUCCGUGAAGAACCAAAGAAGGAGAUCGAAGGCAAAGAUGUUGAGAUGGGUUUCGACAUUACUCACACAAAGCACAGGGGACAGUAUGCCCUCCGCAAAUUAUACCAUGGGAGUCCAAGGCUCAUUUUGGUUCUAUAUACUUCACCCACAUGUGGUCCCUGCAGAACCUUAAAACCAAUUCUGAACAAGGUUAUAGAUGAGUAUGAUGAAACCGUUCAUUUUGUUGAAAUUGACAUCGAGGAGGAUCCUGAAAUAGCAGAAGCUGCAGGCAUCAUGGGAACACCUUGCGUUCAAUUUUUUAAGAACAAAGAAAUGAUCAGGACUUUCUCUGGUGUGAAGAUGAAGAAGGAAUACCGAGAGUUCAUUGAGUCGAACAAAUGAGCUGAAGCUUAAUAUAGGUUCCAGGUUUUUGAAGUGUAAUGGCCUUCAUUUACCCAUGUUGACUACAUUUAGAUGCCACUUUGGUGGCCAAUUUUUUGUCAAAUGUUGAGAUGAGCCAGGUACAGUCAGAUGUCAUAGGAAAUUAACUGACCGCCCCUAUUGUUGAAUCCAAUACGAUGGCACAAAAUAUAUUCUUUGUUGUACACAAUAAUGUCUUUUUGACCCCUUGUUGAUCGUUUC